UUUUUUCAAGAGAUCUGUUAGGCGGGGAAAUUGGUAGUCUGUAUCUUGUCUGCAACAAGGCACAAGCUCUGCACAGCUAUGGCGAGCCGUGCUAUCUUACUUGCUGCUCUCCUUGUUGCCGUCUACUUGGCGCACAACAAUGAAGCUAAAGUCGUGAAAAAGGAUCGCGCCCGUCGAGGUGUGGUGGCCGUCGCCCCUUUGGCCAUCGUCCAAAAGCGCCGUGACCGCGAGGAGCAGGACCUGACCAAGAUCCCUGGUGUGCCUGGCGUGGACUACCCGUUGUUCCGCUCCGUGCCGCCCACGCACUUUGAUUGCAGUACUGUUCCCGCACACCCCGGGAUGUACGCCAACGUUGAAACUGGAUGCCAGGCGUACCACGUUUGCCAUGACGGCCGCGAAGGUCGACAAGGCGCCGCUUUCCUCUGCCCCAAUGGUACUCUGUUCAACCAGAAGGAGUUUGCCUGCGACUGGUGGUACAAUGUCGACUGCCCCAGCUCCAUCACUCUCUACAGCCUGAACUUGGACCCGGCAAAGAACCCGUACUUCCCUAAACCCCAGAAGAACCUCGAGGUGGUGCACGUUUGAAUGCGAGAAAUGAUGGGAGCCCUCACAGCUUUGGGGCUGCCGGUCUCGCUAGACACGUACAAGAAUAUGGCACUGAUUGCUGGGCUAGAUGUCACCCUUUUCCACCUAGGUCUUGAGUUCUUGUUAGCACUUGGCCUGGGACAAAUUCUUAUUGAAUUAUCCAUCAUUAUGCAUGAUCAAUUUUUAACAAAUUACUUCCAAUAUCAUCAAAACCAAUCAUGAUAUGUAUCCAUUGUUAAGAAUUAUUUUUAUAUAAUAGCUAUUUAUUAACACAACACAUUAAAAUGAUUUAAAACGAAAAAAUGUCGUGUCUGUAAAUAAUAUUAAAUAAAGUGAUGCACCUCAAAAUAUUA